AUGAACGCCGGCAGCGGAUUCAGCGGACAUCGAGCAGCGCAGGUUUCGGCGGGCCACGGGCCACGCCCAUCCCGGCAGAGGAAACAACCCAAGUCUUUCGCGUUCGACCACUGCUUCUACUCGCUGGACAAGGAUGACGCCAACUUCGCGAGUCAGGAGAUCGUGUUCGACUGCCUGGGCCGCGACAUCCUGGACAACGCCUUCCAGGGCUACAACGCCUGCAUCUUCGCCUACGGCCAGACAGGGUCAGGAAAGUCAUAUACCAUGAUGGGAAGCCAAGAUAGCAAGGGCAUAAUUCCAAGACUGUGUGAUUCACUCUUUGACCUGAUUUCCAGACAACAGAGCCCUGAGCUGUCGUAUAAAGUGGAAGUAAGCUAUAUGGAAAUUUACAAUGAGAAGGUUCAUGAUCUACUAGACCCAAAAACGAAUAAGCAGUCAUUGAAAGUUAGGGAACACAAUGUUUUAGGUCCUUAUGUUGAUGGCCUUUCGCAGUUAGCUGUCACAUCGUUUCAGGACAUCGAUAACCUAAUGGCAGAAGGCAACAAGUCACGCACAGUUGCAGCUACCAAUAUGAAUAGUGAAUCUUCGCGGUCGCAUGCAGUGUUUUCGGUGGUUUUGACACAGACACUGACAGAUGCAAAAAGUGGUGUUUCGGGGGAGAAAGUGAGUCGAAUGUCUUUAGUGGACUUGGCAGGUAGUGAGAGGGCUGUGAAGACUGGUGCUGUUGGAGAUCGUCUUAAAGAAGGAUCGAACAUCAACAAAUCUCUAACUACCCUGGGUUUAGUCAUCUCGAAAUUGGCUGACCAGGCGAUGGGUAAAAAUAAGGAUAAAUUUGUUCCGUACAGAGAUUCUGUGCUCACGUGGUUGCUCAAGGAUAAUUUGGGAGGCAAUAGCAAAACUGUGAUGGUAGCAACAGUAUCACCUGCUGCUGAUAACUAUGAAGAAACGUUGUCAACAUUAAGGUAUGCUGACAGAGCAAAGCGAAUUGUCAAUCAUGCUGUUGUGAAUGAAGAUCCCAAUGCUCGAAUCAUAAGAGAGCUGAGGCAAGAAGUAGAAGCUUUGAAAGAGAUGCUGAAACAUGCAACAGGCUCCGAAGGUUUUAAAGAUGUAAGUAAGGACUACAUUUUAAGCCAUACAGAAAUGAGAACACAUUUGUUUCUGUAAUUUGAACUUUUAUUAUUAAUAGUUUGUAAACAGUC